GCAUAAUGAUCUAAUUUACAUACAGACGACAACAAGGAGCUCAUAACGUCAUUCCUUCUCUGCCUACAAGAUCCUAAUUUUUCUUCACUGAGCUGGUUUUCUUGUUCGGAAAUAGAAAAAUGAGAAGUAUGGUUAGAUGAGAGAGGUUGCAAAGAAUGCUAUACCCAGUUUUCAAGUCUCAAGUGGCUGCAAACAAGGCGUCUGCACGUCGAAUUUCAACAGUCGGUCGAGCCGAUCCCUGCCUGAUUCACGGCGCGUUGAGUUGUUCGUGAUCUUGCACUGCACAGCGGAAAACAGCUGAGCUGAGCCCAAACAACAACAAACCGAAGGCCGAAUAGGAGUCGGACAAGUCGAGGGUCAGGGAUAGCAGCUGGUCCUGGGGCUGGGCUCGGGCUCGAAUACAGUCAACAAAAUGUCGUACGCCGAAGGUGCAAGACGAGUUCCGCGUGGAGGAAAGACAGUGAGGCCACAGCCUGUCAGUGAUAAGUCAUACAUGGCGUCUGUGGUGGACUUCUUCCACGAUGCAUAUGCGGGCUCAGCCCCUGUAGAGAAUGACAAGAUCAUUUGGGUGAAGUUUGAGAAGCCAGACGUCACUGAUAACAUGAACCAUUCACAAGAGGCUCCAGAAUGUCCCCUAUUUUUAGUGAUUGGUUACACCAAUGGAGUACAGAUAUGGAGCAUUUUGGCAAAUGGAGACGCUGAAGAAGUGCUCUCAUUACGGCAAGGUCCUGUGAGGAUACUCCGUAUUCUACCUACACCUCCACAUUCCAAGAAUCACCAUCAAGACAAGAGACCAUUGGUAGCCAUCUGUGAUGGUGCAAGUUCCAGCCAGCCUUUCUGCUCAGUAACUAUCCGUUCAUUGAAGACAAAUGAGCAAGUCCAUGCAGUCUCCUUCAAAACCCCAGUGGUUGAUAUAGUUUGUAACAAGAGAUUAAUGAUUGUAGCAUUGCAAGAGAAGAUAGCAGCGUUUGAUGCUGCAUCAUUCAAGCAUCGUUUCAUUAUUACUAGCUGUUACCUAGCAGGUCCCCCCAAUGUGAACCCCUUAGCUCUUGGGACGAGGUGGCUAGCCUAUGCAGACAAAAAGCUAAUCCCAUCACACCAGUCAGGAGGCGGGGUUUGUAGAGAUGCAUCCAAGUCAUAUAAAGCUACAGUUAUACAUGCUGCUAAGGCUAUUACAAAAGGUAUCUCGGUGUUCAGUGAAUCCUUGGGGAAAUAUGCAUCUGCCAAGCUGUCCAACUCACCUCCAAGAUCACCUGAGAGUCCUGGGGAGAAGACGAGUAGUAGCCCCCCUCACAGGCAGGGCACCCCUGGUGUUGUCACUGUGGUCGAUGCAUCUUUUUUAGAAGGGGAGUUUAAUGUUACAGAUGACAGCCCAGGGGAUGGAGUUGUAGCUCAUUUCCAGGCACAUAUCAAUGAACCUGUCACAGCAAUGACCUUUGACCACAGCGGUAGGCUACUGUUCACUGCUGGUGCCCAGGGUCAUGUCUUUCACAUAUUCCGCAUUACAAGCCAUCCCUGUAGAUCAGGCCUAGGGGCUGUGCAUCAUCUAUAUAUCUUAUACAGAGGAGACACCGCUGCAAAGGUACAGCAUGUAUCCUUCACUAAUGACAGCCGCUGGGUGGCUGUAAGUACUAUGAGGGAGACUACUCAUGUAUUCCCUAUCACUCCUUAUGGAGGACAUGUAUGUGCAAGAACACACACAUCUCAGAAAAUAGUCAAUAAAGAGAGUCGGUUUCACAAGAGCGCUGGUCUUGAGGAGCUAGAGGAGACUGGUAGAUGGAGUCCUGUACACGGUCUAUCAGAGAGUCCUACAUCAUCAGGUUUCCAUACACCGGAUUCUAUUGCCUCCAUUCCUCACAACAGCACACUGAAUGUAGCCAUCGGUAACCCUCGUCUACCCCCAUACCCCCAAACCAUCACCAUCUUACCCUUAGAACAAAUCAAACUCUCUACCACACUAAGUGUAGUAGCCACUAGCAUGGCAGCAAGCACCACCAAGCCAGUGAGAGGUAAGGCACCUACCCAGAGCUCUGGGGCCAGUGAAUACUCUGGGCUUGCUACCUGUUUUGCUAUAUCUAGAGGGCAUGUGCAAGGAGCCAAUCAGGUGUCUAGAGAAAAAGAUUCUACCAGAGUGUCUCCUAUCCCAUCCCUCUUCAUUAUGUCCUGCCAUGGGUUCUUGGUGGAAUACACCUUAGAGCCAAAGGCUACACUCCCAGCUAGCAUCAAGAAAGGCGAUGAUUCACCUUUAGAACUUGUAGCUAGUAUGGUGUCUCAAUGGAGAUUACAAAGGGGUAUCAACUCACCCGAGUGCAACCUAAGAAUACCAGGCAAUAGUUUAGUACAUCUAUUCAGUGAUGAUGUAGACAGGUCAAUCAUAGCCACACAAGGAUCUCUGUACCAGUCACUACCUAGGAAUGAAUCCUGUGAGAGCCUUACAUCAGCUCAUAGUAGCUGUCAGGAUAGUGACUUUGAUGAACCUUGGUUAUCACAAGUUGAGAUGGUAACACAUGCAGGCCCACACCGUCAUCUAUGGAUGGGACCACAGUUUGUUUUCAAAACAGUCCCUCAACCAAGCAGUACAACAAUCUUAUCAUCAAGUUCGUCUGCCCUUUUGACUGAAGGCUUAGAAACCAACCGGUCUGCCAUGGAUAUGACUGUAGAUGACAUGGAUCUUAGAUCACUAAGGAUUCAGCCCCUCCGGUCGGAUCCACUACCUACCCCUCAAGCUAGGGAUGGAAGAGUUCAAAGGUUGUCUAGUUGUGAGGGAUCUGCUGGGGCUAGUAUAGAGUAUGGAUCAGGUACAUUUGACCAUGCAUCAAACCUACUAGAAGUUAGUUGUGGUAGCUGGCCAGAGAGCUACCCUAAUCAGCAAAGAAGCACAGAGAUGCUUGAGGAACACCUUAAACAGACUAUAGCAGAGGCUAUGGUGGAAUCACCAAGCUCGGAAACAGGUCCAUCCAGCAAACUAAAAGGUCACCAUCAGCGUCUAAAUCCUCCUGAGUUUGUUACCGAGAGCAAUGGUGUUCUGAGCUCCAGUGCGGGAUCUGCCGACAGUAUCCCGCACUCCUUUGAGGCUCGCCUUUCGCCUCAGCACACUAUGGAUCACAUCCUGGUGUUCCCAUCUGCAAACAGCAGCUCUCCAGAGUGCAAUUGAUGUAGAUUGGCUGGAGUGUGACUUCCACUCUCAUUGGAUUUGGACAGCUACAAAACAUCAGUGAUGAAACAUGAAACAGUAAUUGAUGUAGAUGCUGCAUCUGAUAAUCUGCAAGUCACCUGUUUGAGAGUCGUCAUGACAAACAGACUGCUUUAGAAGCAUCACUACACAGCUACAUGUAGCAGUUUACCCCUUUCUGCUAGAUUGCUCCUAGCCUGAUAAAACUUGAUAGCAAUUCUUGGCAGAUUGUAAUACUGUGAACAUGACUUCACAUCCGGAUUUUGAUACCCAUUCUAUGAUCUGUAAUUACAUGUACUUAGUGGUUUUCCCCUCGUGUAUAACCAUGUAUUUGAAAAGCCUUGCCAUGCAACAUUGCUUAUCAUCAAUGAAUAUAGCAAAUGGUUGUUGAUCUUUUGAUACAUUACAUGUUCAGUUUUUAACUUCUCUUUUUGACAUUAGUAGGAAAGUUUUAAGGUUUUUUUUUUCUCAUGAAUAGAUUGCUCAUACUUCAGGAGCAUAAAUAAAUAAAAAAAUACAGUAAAAAUGAAUAAAAUAGUAAAUAAAUAAUGAAAAAAAAGAGCAAAGACCAUUUCAUCAACCCAUCAAAUCACUGUAGUUUUAAUGAUUAUUUUUCAGACAAAUGCUGACAACGUACACUGGUUGCAACAUCAGUUUUUAAGAGAGUUGAUCUCACUGAAUCCAAUAAAUGACUUUGGCAAUAAUCAGUCUAAAAUGCACAGUUGGAAGUCUAUUAAUGGAAAACAUUUUCCAUUAAUAGUGAAUUUGUCAUUCCACAAAUCAUCUUCCUGUGUUUACAUGCAAAACUGUAUUUUAUUUGUAUCAGUUUAUGUUCUUGUGCUUUUUUCAUGUAAACUAUUUGAAUUAGAAGAGCUUUGUUUGCUCAGCUGGUUGAGCAGUGAUCUUGCAAUUUGGCAACUUCUGAUACAAAGUUAAUGUCUGAAUGUUCCGGUCGAUUUAACCCUAAUACUCUACUCUUCAAAAUUUUUCAUGAUAAAUCUGCUGCACAAAAAAAUCUGUGUCGCUCACUGUCAUUUUACUUUCACAAAAGUCUCACAAAACUUUUUGAGACCAAAUUUGCAACACCCAAAUAUGCGGAUACAAUCUUAUGCAACAUUAUAAAAGUGCUUGUCAGACCCAAAAUUGCUCAAAAACCCUGAUUUUAUGUACAAAGUCUGUACAAAAUAUGUCUUCAGCUAGAAUUUAUGAGUGAUUAUUUUUACUUAGAAAUUGAUUAUGGUAUCAGAGUUGUUUUUAUUUACCAUUGUUAGGAAUGCUAUAAAUAAUAUUUACACAAAAAAUAGCAUCAUAAUGCCCCCCCCCCCAGAAUGGCAAGAAUAAAAAUACUCGGGACUAUUUUGGUGAAAAGCAUUGACGCCCUACCAGAUAACAUCUGUCUCCUGAUAGCUUACUCGCAUUCAUCCUUUAGCAGCUGUCGGGUAAAAAAAAAAAGAAAAUCAUUAGAGUAUCUUGUGACUUGCCCAACUGUGUUUCAGUAACACUUAUCUAUACUCUCCGCUGGAUAUUAUUUUUGCAUUGUAACCUAAUUUUUUCUUUCUACACUGAUGCAUUUACCAGUUGAUCACCAAUCAAUCACCUUGAAUAUUCCUAUUGCCUGUACUUGAACUUUGAUUCUCUCCAUAGACCUUAUAUUAACACUUUAUCAAUUCUCAGAUUAAAUUGCAGAUAGAAACCAAAUUAGUUCCUGAAACACAAGACAUCUUUACAUGUACAACUGUAAUUGAUUUGUUGAAUUAACCCCCCUUGAGCUUCCGGCCGCUGAUCUUGCAAGUACUGCAAAACUUUGCACAAUGGUAGAACACGAUGGUGUGUACAAGACCAUUGUUAAUUUAAAAAAUGAUAAUACAUUUUAUAUGAAUUAAUUGUGCUAAUUUAUGCAUUAAUCAUGCUUUUUUGGGCUUUAAGCCACUAAAUGAAGCUAGAAUGCUAUUUACAUGGGUAAAAAUGUGUUAUAUAGCAUUCCUAACAAUUAUGAUAGAAUAAACUUAGGUUUGAAAAUCAAUAUUCCAUUUUUUUUUAUAGGUUUUAUGAAUACUUUUUUGUUUUGGGUUUUUCUUCCUGCCAAAUUGAUUGCAAUACAUUGAAGCAUAACUAAGUUAAAAUUAAUUAAUUUGAUUUAAAAUGAUGAUGAAAUGAAAAUGAGUGAAAAUAUCUUUUUGAAUAAGAUGAGAAAAGUUCAUUUUCAUUUGCUUUGUACACAAAACCAUGUUUGGGGCAAAUUUGGGCAAAUUUGGGUCUAAUAUGCAUCUACAAAAUAUUGUGUAAUGUCAGAAAUUGCAUACCCAGGCAUUUUAAAUUUGGUUUAAUAAUAAUAAUAAUAUAUGGUAUUUGUAUAGCGCACAUGUUAGAUUUUCAAGGCACUUCUAUAUUAACCUGGCUAAGCUAGUCUACCGAUUCCGGUGCUCAGAGCUUUUUUUUGUAUUGUAUUGUAUUUAUUUCCAUUCAUAAAAACAUGUAAACUACAAACAAAUGUUACGUUAGGUAUAAUUACAAAAUAAAAUACAAAAUGGAUACAUAUGAAUGCCUGGAUUGCCCACUCAGAGUGAUAAUUAUUAUCACUCUGUUCUGACUAGGGGUCCAGAACACAAUAAAUGAUAACACAAACUGUAUUUUAAACAUCUUAAACAAGCAGAAAAGAACUACAUAAAACAAAAUAUAAAGUAAUGAAAACGGACAUAAAACAUAGAAUUUAAAGCUAUUUGAGGAAUUACUUCCUGACGGUAACCAUUUACCUCACUUGGGAUGAGUGCAUGACAUUGUGGAUCAUUUCUUGCCGAGGGAAAUGACGCUAUAGCUGGGAUCCUAAUCCACGAGCCUGUUUCAAA